AUGCCGCGCGCAAAAGCCAAGAAGCCGGCUCAGUCUGACCCGGCGGACGAAGACGGCGGUCUCGAGGCGUUCGAGUUGCAGAAGAGUGUCGUCGCCCGUCUGGCCAAGGGAGCCCUCCCAGCAGACAUCAAAUUGCAGAAAGAAGUGCCGCUCGCUCUGGUCAAGGGUUCCACCGUCUUCAUCAACUACCUCGCAGCGCUGAGCCACGAUGUCGCCACGGAGCGCAACAAUAAGACGAUCUCGGCGCAGCACGUGUUGGACGCGGUCAAGCAGCUGGGAUGGAACGACGGAGGGGAGCUGCACAAGACGCUGAAGAAGGAGCUGGCGGCCUUCCGAGCGGCGGCCGACGCAAAGAAGCGCGGCGAACCUGCGCCUGCUCCUCCGCCCAAAACCGUCCUCAAGGUCAAGGAGCCUGAGGCUGCACCAGCCGCGUCAACCUCCGAGACGAACGGAGCUGCGCCGGCUGCGGCGGUUGGGGUAGAGGCGGCACCUACGGCGGGAGAAGCUGGAGUCGAGGCGGGAGUGACGGUCUUGCGGGACGACCGCCCGAAUGCAGACGAGGAGAACCUGUACGAAGGCGCAGAAGAGGUUGACGAAGACGCCCUGGAAGAAUACGUUGACGAGGAGGAAGACGAGGAGAUGGAGCAGGCGGGCAGCUCCGGCGUCGAAGAUGAGGUUGCGGAUCGAGGGCUCGAGGCGGACGAGGGCGACGAGGCUUGGAAGGGUGAUGAGUAG